GCAUUCUAACAAGUUUCGGAAACAAUGAAAGUAUUUGUGGUGUUAGCAUUAAUAUUGGCUUGCGUUACAGCAGCCUCUAUUCCCGAAACUCCUGUUUUUCUCAAAGACUUAAAAGCAGAUAAAGUUGUCGAAGGCCGUAUCACUAACGGACAUGAAGCUAAUUUCGGUCAAUUCCCUUACCAAGUUGGCUUAUCGCUUCACGAUGACUAUGGUACCUUUUUUUGCGGUGGUUCAUUAAUCGGCAAUGAAUGGGUGCUGACCGCUGCCCAUUGCACAGAUAAAGUCAUAUCUGCUACUGUGUACUUGGGUAGCACUAUUCGUACUGUUGCCACAGUUACUUAUGGCGUUGAUAGCAGCUCCAUUUAUCAACAUGCACACUAUGAUCCUUAUACUUUUAAUAAUGAUAUCUCCUUAAUCAGAAUUCCUGCUGUUACCUAUACCGAUGAAAUUCAACCCAUUAAACUACCAGCUGUUUCUAAAUCAUAUCCAACUUAUGCUGGUACCACUGCUAUCGCUUCCGGUUGGGGAAAAACCUAUGAUUCUGGCUGGACCGUAUGGAUGUUGAAUUAUGCUGAUCUUCCAGUCAUAAGUAAUGCUGAAUGUGCUCAAACCUAUGGUUCAAUAAUAACUGAUACACUACUAUGUGUUUCAACUCCUGAUGGCACUUCCACUUGCCAGGGUGAUUCUGGUGGUCCCUUAGUUUCGGACUCUGAACUUAUUGGAGUGACAUCUUUUGUUUCGUCAGCUGGUUGCCAAGCUGGAUAUCCAUCUGGAUUUGCUCGUGUUACAACUUAUUUAGAAUGGAUUAAAUCCCACACUGGCAUAUCAUAUUAAUGUAGUUUAAGAAAUUUUUAUAGUUAUGGAUUUAAAAAUAGAUGAAAUAAAAAAUAAUAAUU